AUGUCAGCUUCAGAUAAACUCUUUCCUGUCAGUGCUGCCGAUGAUAUAUGGCACCAGAACAAGGCACAAAUCAGAGACCUGUACCAGAAUCAGCGAAAGACGGUAAAAGAGGUCAAAUAUCUGAUGGAAGCAUACGGCUUUCCUGUGAAGCCGCUAUCGACAUGGGAGACCAAGACCAGAGAUGUGCUACAACUGCGAAAGAAGGCCAAGUCGACCAAUUGGCCUUUGAUAUACCAGCAUGUCAUUCCACGUCUUAAAAAGCCAGGACAGAAACAACUAAGGAAGGAAACGUCUAUCUAUCUCAACAAUUUGGAGAUUCCGUGGAACAAGGCUUGGAAAGAAAUAAGGAGGUCUGGCGCAAUCACCCUGCCUUUACCCCAAAAAUCCCCAAGUCCGCUUCCGCAUGGCAUUACUACACGAACUCCGUCGCCCGUCCAAGGCCUAUCGACAGUGACAGCUCGAGCAUCCCAGCUGACGGUUGAGGUUCUUCCCGAACACUUCAAGUUCGAGCACAAGGAGGAUUUUGUCCCGAUACCUUAUUCAACAACGGCACCAACUGCGCAGAUAGGCAUUGUAGACGAUGCGUCCGGACCUCUUGCGCGUUACGCCGUUUCAGUCUACCAGGACUGCGCCGCAACUAUCCUCUGGGUGGACUUGUACCAGGCGCUGCAAUACCUCUUCCAGGACACUUUUCAGGCUUGGCGGCUACAUGAUGACUUGUUGCAGGAGAAUCAAGAUUGUCUAGCCGCGAUCAUCACUCACCGUGUCAAACGAGUUCGUACUUAUGAACUGAACAUCAACUCACCAUCCUGCUUCGAGUUGCUUCCAGACGGUUACCCAAUUCCACCCUUUCCAUCGCAUGAUCUUUGA